AUGCUUGCCGUCUCCCUCCCCCUCGUCCUCCUCGCCUUCAUCCUCUAUGCCCUUCGAAUCGCCCCUCGGAUUGCCAAACCUGGCCGCUCGUCGCCGUGGGACGUUGCUCGCCAUGGCUUCACACUGCGAAUGAGCACUACCGCACUCAAUUCGCUUCCUCGUGUGGCCAUUGGCAGACUCGGCCCGGCAGUCCGCGGACUUGGCAAAGCAUUCUACAACGUCGGGGCUGUCGCCGGCGUCAUUGGCAGCGGCGUCGCAACUGCGGGCACGGCGUGGGCUGUGCGAGCCGCGUGGACUGCCGUGUGGGCCGAGGCUGAGGCUCAUGCGAUAGAGCAGAGCUCCGUGGUCAAACGUGGCAUUGACGCUGCAGCAGCAGCAGGUGUCCAUGCGAGCAACGUUGGUCUUGAACCAUUGGUGAGUGGCUUCAGACCGUGCGUUGUCGGUCUCACACCUCAGAUUCCCGGUGUCACUGCACCGCUCUCGCAUCUGCCUACCCUCCUGCUCGCGUUUGUGAUUGCCCAGCUCAUCCACGAGUGGGGACACGCGGUCGCGGCCGCACUAGACGACGUAUGCCCGAGCAAGUUUGCCGUCAACGUCCACCUCAUCAUUCCCUCCGCGGCUAUCUCGUUCCCUUCGGCGGUCGACUACCUCCCCUUCCGAUCUCGCGCGCGGAUAUCCACAGCUGGAGCAUGGCACAAUCUCCUGACCUGUGUCGUGCUAGCCGCACUUGCCGCGACGGCAAACUUAUGGGCACCCGUUGACGGUCUAACGAUCGACAACGUCGCAUUGGGAUACGGCCUGGAGACCCAGCUCAAGCCGGGAGACGUGAUCACGCACGUCGACGACAUCCUCGUCGCUCCAGAGGGAAUGUGGCAGCGUGUGAUCAACCAUGAGGAAGACUCGUCUUCGGCUCUUGGAUGGUGUAUUCCCAAAGGUGUGCUCCUCGCUGGCGAGCUUGGCCCGUGUACCGAAAGUCACCUGGUGGCUUUCACGCCCGUCAACUUCAACGCGGAGCACUGCCUCCAGCCCCACCCGAUCUUGAAGGAGCCAGCUGGCGACUGCAACUGCGAAAAGACCCACAUCUGCGUCAAGUUGUCCAAGGAGGCGAACGUUGUCCGCAUCCGCUACUGGGACGGCAAGGCGUCCCAGCAGCUACUCUGGUCCGGUGACAGGACGGUGCUGUACGCCAUCUCGUUCAAGGAGACGCAUCGUCCUCUUAAGUCGUUGACCGAGUGGGCGUCGCUCUUCAACUCGUGA